UUAAUUAAAAUAAAUCUAUGGGGUAUUUUGAGCUGAAACUUCACAGACACAUUCAGGGGACACCUUAGACUUAUAUUACAUCUUGUGAAAAAUCGUUCUAGGGCACCUUUAAUUUCUGAAUCAAUUUAGUACGAGAUACAAAAACAGAAGUAAUCAGGAUGGGUCAAAUACUUUUUUCACAGCAUUGUGUGAUUGUAUCACUGUAUUCUCUUCUUGUCUUCACUGUAAUCUUCACAAUGAAAAAAAGAAAGAAAAUUCAACACAAUGAAAAAAAGAAAGGAGAGUUUGAGAAAACAGUUCAACACAUCAAGUCUCAAGCUGAGCACACAGAGCGUCAGAUUAAACAGCAGUUUAAGAGGCUUCGUCGGUUUCUCGGAGAUGAAGAAGCAGCUACAAUCACUGCACUGAGGGAGGAAGAGGAGCAGAAGAAGCAGAAGAUGAAGAAGAAGCUGGAGGAGAUGAACAGACACAUCUCAGCUCUUUCACACACAAUCAAAGACAUGGAGGAGAUGAUGAAAGCCAAUGACGUCUGCUUUCUGAAGAAGUUUCCAGUCUCAAAGGAAAGAGUCCAGAUCUCACAGCCGGAUCCACAGAUGCCUUCUGGAGCUUUGAUUCAAGUGCCACGUUACUUGGGCAACCUGCAGUUCAGAGUCUGCAAGAAGAUGCAGGACAUCGUCCAAUACACUCCUGUGAUUCUGGAUCCAAACACUGCAGAUCCAUUUCUCAUCCUGUCUGAUGAUCUGACCAGUGUGAGAAACAAUGGAUACUAUCAACCUGUUCCUGAUAAUCCAGAGAGAUUUAACUAUUCCUGUGUUCUGGGAUCAGAGGGUUUUAACUCAGGAACACACCGCUGGGAUGUGGAUCUUAAAGAGUGUUCAGACUGGAAACUUGGAGUAACUACAGCAUUAAACCCGAGGAAGGGAAUGGGUUUCUAUAAGACUGAUGUCUGGAGUGUGGAGCAUGGGUGUGUUGUUGAAUCUGGUUUUCGUGUUGAACAGGAUCUUGAUCGUGUGAGAGUGUAUCUGGACUAUGACAGAGGAACGGUGUUGUUCUCUGAUCCUGUAACUCACACACAUCUACACACAUUCAUAACCACCUUCACUCACACACUCUUUCCAUUCUUCUGUUGUUGUUUUAGUUCUUCCUCUCUGAGGAUCUUUCCAGUCGAUAAUCGUUACACCUAUAGGUCUGGAUCUUCCUGCUUUCGUCAUGUCUCCAAUAUUUAAUCCAGAUCACAUGACGAAGAGUACUGUUCGUCUGAAUAUCAUUCAAUUGUAUUUCAUAGUAAAUAAAUGUAUUUACGAUCAUUCCUAUAGCACGUAAAGCAGCAUUAGUCCUUAAAGGGAAGCUGGCGUUUUGAGUGGCAUUUGUAUAUACUGCCAUGCUAGUAACACGCCACUGCAUUAGACAUCUUGCAGCAUUAAGAGGAUAGUUCACUCAAAAAUGAAAACUGACACUAAUUACUCUCACGUCAUUCCAAACCUGUAAGACUUUCAUUCGUCUUUGAAACACAAAGAUCUUUUUGAUGAAAUCUGAGAGCUUUUUGUCCCUC